AUGUUUAGACUCGCUACUACCAAGGCUCCUUUGGCCAAUAUUGCUGCCCGUAAUGCAGCUGUCAAGACUGUGCGUGCUCCCAUGGCCAACGCUUUCUACCGUUUCUACAGCACUGAAACCGAGUACGAUGUUGUCGUCAUUGGUGGUGGCCCUGGUGGCUAUCCUGCUGCCAUUAAAGCUGCUCAACAAGGUUUGAAGACCGCUUGUAUUGAGAAGCGUGGCACUUUGGGUGGUACUUGUUUGAACGUCGGCUGCAUUCCUUCCAAGGCCAUGUUGAACAACUCUCACAUUUAUCAUCAAACUCAACAUGAUCUCAAAUCGCGUGGUAUUGAGGUCUCUGAUGUCAAGCUCAAUUUGGAUAACAUGCACAAGGCUCGUCUCAGAGCUGUUGGAGGUUUGACUAAAGGUGUCGAGUUCCUUUUCAAAAAGUACGGUGUGGACUACGUAAAGGGUACUGGUAGUUUCAAGACUGCCAACGAGAUUGAUGUGUUGGCUUUGGAUGGCAAGUCUACUUCUACCUUGAAGGCCAAGAAUGUCAUUAUUGCUACUGGCUCUGAAGUGACUCCCAUCCCUGGCAUCGAGAUUGACGAAAAGAAGAUUGUCUCCUCUACUGGUGCUUUGGAGUUGCAAAAGGUGCCCAAGAAGAUGGUGGUCAUUGGCGCUGGUGUCAUUGGCCUCGAACUAGGUUCUGUUUGGGCUCGACUUGGUGCUGAAGUUACAGUUGUCGAAUAUUUGGGCGCUAUCGGUGCUGGUAUGGAUCCUGAGCUUGCAAAAAACUUUCACAAAUUGUUGAGCAAGCAAGGCCUCAAGUUCAAGAUGAGCACCAAGGUGAACGGUGCCAAGGUGGAGGGUGACAUUGUCAAGGUGGAGGUGGAAGCUGCCAAGGGUGGUAAGGCUGAAACGCUCGAAGCGGAUGCCGUCUUGGUUUCCAUUGGUCGUCGUCCUUACACUCAAGGCCUCAACUUGGAUAAGGUCGGUGUCGAGCUCGAUAACCGUGGCCGUGUUGUCAUUGAUUCCGAGUUCAAGACCAACAUUCCCAACAUCCGUUGUAUUGGUGAUGUUACUUUUGGCCCCAUGUUGGCCCACAAGGCUGAAGAUGAGGGAUUCGCUGUUUCUGAAAUGAUCAAGACUGGCCAUGGCCAUGUCAACUAUGAUGCCAUCCCCUCUGUUAUUUACACUCAUCCUGAAGUCGCUUGGGUCGGUAAGAACGAAGCCCAGUUGAAGGAAGAAGGUGUCAAGUACAAGACCGGUAGCUAUCCUUUCGUUGCCAACUCUCGUGCUCGUACCAACGAUGACACGGAUGGUUUGGUCAAGGUCAUCACUGAUGCCGAUACGGAUCGCAUCUUGGGUGUCCACAUUAUGGGCCCCAAUGCUGGCGAAAUGAUUGCUGAGGGUGUCCUUGCCAUGGAGUAUAAUGCUUCCGCUGAAGAUAUCGGCCGUACAUGUCAUGCUCAUCCUACUUUAUCUGAAGCAUUCCGUGAAGCCUGUCUUAUCGCCUCUUUCGGUAAUGCCAUCAACUUUUAA